AUGAGUUUCAAGCGUAACAAUGGCCUUGCUAAUGGCACCGCUGGAAUGCGCCUCCGGGAGACUGGUGUGGUUGGGAAGCUGCUUACCUCCUAUGGUUUUAUCCAAUGCUCAGAGAGACAGGCUCACCUGUUCUUCCACUGCUCCCAGUACAAUGGCAACCUGCAAGAGCUCAAGAUUGGAGAUGAUGUGGAGUUUGAGGUGUCUUCUGACAAGCGCACCGGGAAACCUAUUGCUCUGAAGCUGGUAAAGAUCCAGGCUGAAGUCCUGCCCGAAGAACGAAUUUCUGGGCAGGUUGUCUCAGCCAUCCCCAACCACCUGGAUGAAAGGUCUGCUCCUGGCCAGGUCCCCACUGGCAGUUUGUGCUAUGAGAGAAACAGGGAAGUGUUCUAUCUCACUUACACCCAUGAGAACGUGGAGGGCAAACCACAACUGGAAAUAGGAGAUAAGGUCAGCUUCUGCUUGGAAACUAACAAGCAUACUGGAGCAGUGAGUGCCCAAAACAUUAUGUUGGUUAAGAAGAAGCUGAUGAGGUGCCAGGGAGUGGUGUGUGCCGCUAAGGAUGCAUUUGGAUUUAUUGAGCGAGCGGACGUAGUGAAAAAGAUUUUCUUUCACUACAGUGAGUUCAAAGGUGACUUGGAGCCACUGCAGGUUGGAGAUGAAGUGGAGUUUUCUAUUAAGGACCGAAAUGGGAAAGAGGUUGCUACGGAUGUUCAUGUGCUCCCCCCAGGCACAGUUAUAUUUGAAGAUAUCGGUAUUGAACAGUUUGAGGGCACGGUCACCAAGGUUAUUCCUAAGGUUCCCACCAAGAAUCAUAAUGACCCGUUACCUGGACGAAUUUGUGCAAGGAUUAAUUUCAGCCAAAAGGAACUUCUGUUUAGGGAGAAAGACACCAAGUCCAAAGUGACACUUCUGGAAGGAGACCAUGUCCGGUUCAACAUUUCCACUGACCGGCGAGACAAGAGUGAGCGAGCUACAAACAUCCAUAUACUGCCUGACACCUUCCAUUUUACUAAGGAGUCUCGUGAAAUGGGUAUGAUCGCUGCAAUGCGUGAUAGGUUUGGCUUCAUUAAGUGUGUGGACCGUGAUGCCCGAAUGUUCUUCCACUUUGGUGAGGUUUUGGAGGAAAGCCCACUGCACAUUUCAGACGAAGUGGAGUUUACUGUCAUCCCUGACAUGCUGUCAGCCCAGAGGAGCCAUGCAGUGCGGAUCAGGAGACUGCCCAAGGGCACAGUGUCUUUUGACACAGAGUCUGAACAGUGUUUCCCAGGUGUUGUAGAGAAGCAGGCCACAGCUGCCUUCAAUGGCAAGAUCAAUGCCAGCCCCAACAAUGGUAAAGAGAAGGAAGCAGAGGAAUGCACGAUUGUGUAUAAAGACUGUGGAGUGAAGCUGACUGUACCCAAUCAUAUGAAAGACCUAGAGAGUGAAGUUCUCCCUCAGCUUGGAGACAACAUGGACUUUGCAAUCAGUGAAGUAAAGCAUUCUGGCCAGCAGAACGCCGUCUCCAUCAAUAUCUUAAACCAUACCACUAACACCAAGAGGCUCCUGGGCUACAUAGCGGCACUUAAGGACAACUUUGGCUUUAUCGAAACUGCCAGCCAUGAUCAGGAGAUCUUCUUUCACUUCAGUGAGAUGUGUGGUAGCAAGGACGACCUAGACCUGGGAGAUACAGUCGAAUACACUCUGUGUAAGGGCAAAGGGAACAAAUUCAGUGCUGAGAAGGUCACCAAAGUCCCACAUGUGAAUGGACUGAAAGAGGACAUUAGCAGUACUGUGCUUUCGGGAAAGGUGGUCCGGCCCCUGCGGGGUGUAGCUCCCUCUCAAACUGAAUACCAAGGACUUAUUGAGGUAACAGAAGAAGGCUCCAGUAAAGGUCAGAUUUACCCAUUUGGAAUAGUUAGCAUAACCAGUAAACGAGAUUGCCUGCAGAAAGGGGAGAUGGUGAACUUUCAGCUGUGUACCGUGCUACAGACAGGACAGAGGAUGGCAUGCAAUGUCAUUCCACAGCGUAGAGCUUUGGUGGACUGUGUUAAAGACCAGUUUGGUUUCAUCACAUAUGAGGUAGGCGAGAGUAAGAAGCUGUUCUUCCACAUGAAGCAGGUGCAGGACAACUUGGAGCUGCAGGCUGGAGAUGAGGUGGAGUUCUCGGUUAUUCUGAACCAGCGCACAGGGAAGUUCAGUGCCCACAAUGUCUGCAGAGUCAGUGAGGGCCCUAAAACAGUGGCAAGACCUCGGCCUGACCGCUUGGUGAACCGCUUGAAGAGCAUCACCCUGACCAAUGCCAGCGCCCCACGUCUGGUGAUCAUUCGACAACCACGGGGCCCUGAUAAUUCAAAGGGCUUUAAUGUGGAGAGGAAACCUCGCCAGGCUGGUGUGAUUGACUGAGCUGCUAUU